CCAACCCCAGCUCCAUCAGCAUCAACAUCAACCCGAAAUCACCCAGAAUGGACGUCUCCAGCAACCGACUUUUCCGCUUCACUAAGCCAGAAUGGCUUAACAACGCUGCUGUCCGCAACACAGGCGUCUAUAUCUCCGGCGCACUGUUCGCUGCGGGCUUUUUCUUCCUUAUCGAUGUGGCCUCCUUCUCGCAUAGCCCCCGCAACGGCUCUGAUGUGCAUAUCAAAUUCGUCGACUGGAUCCCUGGUAUUUGCUCGGCGCUGGGUAUGCUGGUUAUCAACUCUAUUGAAAAGUCGAGGUUGCAGGCCGAUAGCUUUAGUUACAGUGGGAGCGGGGUUGCCUGGAAGGCGCGCUUUGUUCUUUUCUUAGGAUUUGCGCUGCUGGCAGGUGGUCUUGCAGGGAGUGUGACGGUCAUGGUUUUGAAGUAUCUUAUUAAGGAUUACCCUAUUCAGACGCUUUACUUUGGUAUUGCCAAUGUGGUAGCGAAUGGGUUGGUCAUGCUGAGCUCUGUCGUUCUUUGGGUUUCACAGAACAUGGAGGAUGACUAUACUUACAACCUCGCUCUGUGAUUUGAUGGACUCGGCCUAUUGGCUUCGCGACUUGGCUCUUUGUACUUUACACGCUGGUAUUAUGAUUUUGCUUGGGUGUUUACGCAUCUCCGGUUGUUGACUGGAGCUUCUUUAGGUAGCAUGAUGGAAUUGGACUAGAUUAUGAC